AUGGCUCUGAAGCGAAUCAAUAAAGAGUUACAGGACCUGGGCCGUGACCCACCUGCAAACUGCAGUGCUGGCCCUGUCGGCGACGACUUGUUUCACUGGCAGGCGACCAUCAUGGGCCCCGAAGACAGCCCAUACGCAGGCGGUGUCUACUUUUUGAACAUUUACUUCCCGGCUGACUACCCGUUCAAGCCACCUAAGUGGAGCCCCGCUCUGACAAUCUCUAAGGUGCUUCUUUCGAUCUGCUCUCUGCUCACUGACGCUAAUCCAGACGACCCACUGGUACCCGAAAUUGCGCAAAUAUACAGAACAGAUCGCGCACGUCAUGACGCUACCGCUCGCGAGUGGACUGCCAAGUACGCCACUUAG